GGAUAUCAGUGUCAGUGAGAUGCCAGUGGAGCUCAGCGGUCUGUCAGUAUCUCCCGCUCUUCACCUUCGGGAAACUUCUUUUUAUAUAGUUCAUUAAACCAGCCAGUAAGAUGACGAUCCUGGAGGCGAGCAGUGUGCUGAUCGAGAAGACCGUUGAGAGGAUGAGUGUGACGUCACUGCUGCUGGCGGCAUCGGUGUUCACGCUGUCUCUGGCGUACCUGAGGAAACUCAUGAGCAGACAACAGCUCGCGGAACAGGAUAAACUCCCUCCUCAUAUCCCGUCCAGCAUUCCCUUCCUGGGUCACGCCGUGGCUUUCGGCCGGAGCCCGAUCGAGUUCCUGGAGGCGGCGUACGAGCAGUACGGGCCCGUGGUCAGCUUCACUAUGGUGGGGAAGACCUUCACGUAUCUCCUGGGCAGCGACGCAGCCGCGCUCAUGUUCAACAGCAAGAACGAGGACCUGAACGCCGAGGACGUGUACGCGCGCCUCACCACGCCCGUGUUCGGCAAGGGCGUCGCGUACGACGUGCCCAAUCCGUUAUUUCUGGAGCAGAAGAAAAUGCUGAAGACCGGACUGAACAUCGCACAAUUCAAACAACACAUCGAAGUAAUCGAAGAAGAAACCAAAGAUUAUUUCAAACGAUGGGGAGACAGUGGGGAGAAAAAUCUGUUCGAGGCGUUAUCCGAGCUGAUCAUCCUGACGGCCAGUCGCUGUCUUCACGGCUGUGAGAUCCGGGACAUGUUGGACGAGAGAGUCGCUCAACUCUACGCAGAUCUGGACGGAGGAUUCACACACGAGGCCUGGCUUCUGCCCGGGUGGCUGCCUCUGCCCAGCUUCAGGCGGAGGGAUCGGGCACACUUAGAGAUCAAGAAAAUCUUCUAUAACGUCAUCAAGAGGCGGAGAGAAGCCCAAGAGAAGAACGACGACAUCCUGCAGACGCUCAUAGACGCCACGUACAAAGACGGGCGUCCCCUGAGUGACGACGAGAUCGCCGGGAUGCUGAUCGGCCUGUUGUUGGCGGGUCAGCACACGUCCUCCACCACCAGCGCAUGGCUGGGCUUCUUCCUGGCGCGGGACAGAGCGCUGCAGGAGCGCUGCUACGGCGAGCAGAAGGCCGUGUGUGGAGAACACCUGCCGCCUCUACACUACGACCAGCUGAAAGACUUGAGUUUGCUGGACCGCUGUCUGAAGGAGACGCUCCGCCUGCGGCCGCCUAUAAUGACCAUGAUGAGGAUGGCCCGGACGCCUCAGCGAGUCGGUGAAUACAUCAUCCCGCCGGGACACCAGGUGUGUGUGUCUCCCACAGUGAACCACCGUCUCCGGGACACCUGGGAAGAGCGUGAGGAGUUCAACCCGGACCGAUACCUCAACGACAACCCUGCAGCCGGAGAGAAGUUCGCUUACAUCCCGUUUGGAGCAGGUCGCCAUCGUUGCAUUGGAGAGAAUUUCGCCUACGUGCAGAUAAAAACAAUCUGGUCGACGUUGCUGAGACUGUACGACUUUGAUCUAGUAGACGGACAAUUUCCUGCUGUGAACUACACGACCAUGAUCCACACGCCGCACAACCCCGUCAUCAGAUACACACGGAGGAACACACAACCACAGUGAUCACUUCUGCAGCUUCUCAGCACAAGUGUUGAGUUGGUUAACUUGCAUCAGAUUCUGCAUGUUGACAGAUUUAGUCUGCCGUCUCUUACUCAGAUCUUAAACAUUGUGUUUUUUUUAUUUAAUAAAACAAAAUUAAAAUAAAAACUCUUUAUUUUACCCAAACUGAA